AUGGUGCUGAAGGUCAAGAAUGACUCAGAAUCUUUGGUAAGCGCGAAACCAUGAGUUGACUUUGUCCCGUUAAACCACCCUAAAUCAGAAGAAGACGAUAACCGGGAUAUGCUCAUCAUGUUUGUUCACGAUUUUUAACAUUGGAAAGUCAUCAUAAAUGACGCAGACAGGUACGCUCUUCAAAAGAGUCUCAGCCGAGUCAACAUUUGGUUACUCGUUAGCUCCUCAAUUUUAAUGUAAACAAAUGUGUGCUCACGAGACUUCGCACCAGAAAUAUCGGUAGGGAGGAUAAUCCAUUUAAAUAUAUUUUUGAUAGGAAACCCUUUUAAAUGCCGGGGAAAAGAAUGACCUCGGCGUCCGAGUAACCUCUUCGCUUAAACCAUCGUCACAGGUGUUAUUUGCGUUGAGACAAGGAUUUGCGAAGAUUUAUGGGGGACUGUUCGCGAAAUUCUAGGAGACUUUUGUUCGGUCUCACUUGGAGUAUGCCGUUCAGGCCUGCGUCUGUAGUUUAAGAAGGAUAAUAAACAGUUGGAACGAGUAUAUAUGAUUGGUACGAAGAUGUCGAGGAACCGUUAUCAUCAGCCUUACGAAGUCAGACAGACUGGAUUUAAUUUAUUUUCCUUCAGUUGCAUUUGUGCCGUGAUCUUAUUCAGCCCUGUUGGAUUGUGCAUUUGACCUCUAUGACUCCAUCGAAUUGACUGGAACGAGCCCUCUGUAUGUUCAUCUCUUCAAACUGUAGAGGACACUAGUCCGCACGGACACCUGAUAGCACGUUCUCUCGCAGAGAGUCGUUGGGGCAUGGAAUGGACUCCUGACGUAGUGAUCCUUUCAAAAACUACGGAACCACUUAAAUGAAAAAUGGGUAUCCAUUUGCUGAGAAAAUGCUGCAUAUAUAAUCACUAUUCCACUUGCGACGUCAGUUUGCGCUUGGCUCACACAUACCGACCACUUUACAAUUUCCAGAGCCCCCGCUGUAAAAACUGAUUAUAUUGCUGUUUUCCGAAAUUAGUAGUGAGUUCAAGGGCGAAAGCCACAUUCCCAUGAUAAAGAGAUUUAAAAUGACUCAAACUGUCUUGCUAGCAUAUCCCUCUGUCCUAGGAACUGGGCCAAUCAGAGAUGCAAGUUGUCAUGGUACAAUCUAGGUAGUGGUUUUCCCUCUAUUCUCAUACACCUGCUUAACUAUACUACAUUUUUCUGCGACCCAGACAGUAUGGGUAGGUACCUUGCACAUAUCGCCAUGCGGAAACAAUCGCGCAGGUAAAUUACUCCUGAUUAUCUGCUUUUGGAUCACCGGGGGUGGAGUGGACCAGAUCCUGAGAUCCCACUUUCUGGCCCCCAAAUAUGUAUGGGCGAAGAAGGGCUAGAACGGUCGGGAAGAGACCGGGGUUUUAAAAAUUACCCACGUUGACGCAAGCGCUCUAAUAACGAAUAACAAGAGACAAUUUAUUUCACGAAUUUUCCUAGACGAUGAUUUAUGCAAUACACCUAUCCCCCCGUCUUUGCCAUAAAAAUCUGCAGCCAUUUUAAGCAUUUGUUUCAAAAAUAAAAGGCAAACUAGAUCUUGGACUGGACCAUGGCGCUGAGCAACCUAAUUCGACCCACCCAUUAGGGUGAGGACAUGUGCCAUCACUGCGGUUUCGAAUUUUCAACAUCUGUCAAGGUCAAGCCGCUGGUUUUAAAUUUGAAGAUAAGUGGAGGAUAUUAUUUUAAGUGGUUUUUCUGUGAGACCUAACGAUUUUAGUACCUGUUUUUUGGUUGAAUUUCCUUAAAUACAGGCCCCUUCUCUCAGAACUGCCUGCUGCCAUCUCCUUUUGAGCUCUGCUAGCCUAUGCCCGUUGUUCACUAAUCGCAAUCUGCAAUUCUCAUUUUGUGCAUCCGAUUUCUCUCUAACUGUUGUAAUUUAUUUUUACAUCGUUAGCCCCUAGCUAAAAUUCAGUCAACUUGUCUGCCAGAAGUUUUCUUAAUCACAAAUUGCCUCGAGACAAGAUGAGACCAAAAGUCACUGGUCGGCGUAAGCUCUCGGCUCAUGUAAGUAAGCAUGACCUAACUUAACGUAAGUCAGAAGCUUUACCUAAAUCUAAGUCAGAUGAUAUUACUAGUCAGUCGUCACCCGUUGUAAUUGGUCGGCAGCUUGAUCUGUCUGCACUUGACCAUUGCAAUGACUUUAUGCUAAAGUUUGGCACUUUGCUGACAAUUCUUGGAAAUUUAUUCGACGGGAACAUCUCCGAUAUUCCCUCUGAAGAAUGUAGGCGUCUCGACUCACUUGUUCACGUGAUCGCCAGUGAAUCUAGUGAUAGACAGAAGCGUUCUUACAACUUCCUGCUAAAAAAUGUUUCUCGAUCUGCUCGGCCAAUUGAUGUUGCGACCAAUUUCCUGUAUUCAUGUGGUUUCAACUACAAAAUAGCCGAUGCCAAACGCUUGUCCUCCCGUAGCAAAAAUCCGCCCAUCUUAGUCAAAUUAUUUUCAUCAAUCGAGGUUGACACAAUCUUUACUCAUCGAGAGCGUGUCACUGCGUACCUCGAGAAGGCAAAAUUUUUCCUUUCUCAUGAUAUUACUCCUAUGGAGCGUAGAAUUGGGUUUUUAUUUUAACGUAAACCCACUGCUUCUCAGUCUAAUGCUCUCCAACUCGGUCAUAAUACAAGUGGCCGUAAGGAUUCAGCUUCUCCUACUCCUGCGACAUCUGACUCCCUCCUUCCUCUUUCUCCUACAUCUCCAUCUCACUCAAGCCACUUGACGCAUUUGCCUGCUCCUAAACUUGCAGCAGCAGCAGCAGCAGCCCCAUUUGUCGUUUCGUAUCCUCCGGAUAGUCCCGCUGAGACACAUGAAAAUCCGUCUACAUCAGCCAGACCGAUAACUUCUGUUGUCCAACUGGGUGCUGUAAGGUCUACAGUUAAGUCAACCCGUGGCUUGGCGUCAGAACGGUGAGACUCGAAAAUUGAAUCAGACUCCGACCCAAAAGAUAGGAAGUACAGUUCCAUUUAGGGGUACGACGCCUUCUCUUAGAUCUAACAAGUCCGUUCAGCCCAGCACGUCUACAAACCCCGCAGCUCCAAUUAUAUCCCCGAAUAAUUCUCUGUCCUGCGUACCGGUUACUUAUCAAAGCCCUACUAUAUAUCCAGCAAAUAAUUCAUACAUGAAUUGUCCUAAAUCAUUAAUGCACCAACCUAGUUCAGGCUUCCCACCACUUAAGGCCAAUUGCUCUCAGGUACGUCAACCUAUCUCCUUUGACUUCCAACCUAGACCUGGUUUCCCACCAUUGCAUUGUUCUAGCGGCCUACCCUCACCCACAAGCCCCUACUUUCCUUCUAACCUCCCUCCUCCUCCCCUUCCUCCAUUAUUUAACUACCAACAAGUCUAUCCAUGUUCUAACUCCCCUAGCAAUCCUAUGUUUGCAAACUAUAUCCCCACAUCCUAUAGGUAUCAUACUCAGCCUUCUCUUGCUGACUCCCCGUACGUCGAUAACUCUAUAUUAACUGGUACUUAUUCUCCAAGUGUCAUUAAUUCACAGCUUACAUAUCCGCCUCCAAAUUUUUUUCAAAUACCGUCGAAAAUACCAUUGCCGUUCGAAACACAUUAGAUAUUAUAUUAUUGAAUGCCAGGUCUGUUAUAAACAAGAUGGCCCAAAUCAGAGCCAUUGCUCUGGAAAUGACGCCUGAUAUUAUAUGUGUAACAGAAUCUUGGACACAUUCUCUAAUUCCUGACUCUGUCCUUCUCAUAGAUGACUUCGAUUUUUACCGCCAAGACCGCACGACUAGGCGUGGGGGUGGUUGUCUUCUUUAUCUUAAAUCCUACCUAAAGCACUCUCCUUAUUACUUGGAUGUUUCCUCAUUCACGGGAAACUUCUGCUUUGCAUCUGUUAUUCUCUCGCCGCAAAGAAAGGCAAUUAUUGGCUGAAUCUACAAUCCCCCAAAUUCUUUAGCCAGUGAUGAUUCUCAACUCUGUGAAAUCUUUAAAUUAAUUUCGGAAGCUGCUUUCGAUGUUAAAAUAAUCCCUGGGGAUUUUAACCUUCCUGAAAUAGACUGAGUUCCCAAUAGCUGCCCACCCAGAUUCCAGCCCUUUAAGAUAUUGUCAAUUUUUCUAAUUGGUCCCAACUGGUGCGCUCUCCAAAAAGAGAUAAUCACAUUUUAGAUCUAAUCUUUACCAAUGACAUUGCUCCUCUUUCUGUUGCUUUAAAAAAAGACCUCUUUGACAGUGACCACGUAUUAAUUCAUUGUUGCUUACCGCUUGCCUUUUCAAAAAAGACAAGCGCCGUUCGGACUUACAUGAACUACGACUGCGUAGAUAGCGACUUAAUAAAUAACUAUAUGAGAUCCUUGGAUUGGUGUGGCUUCCUCACUUGUAGCGAUGUAACCAAUGUUUCCAAGGUCAUUCUGGAGUUUGGGCCGCGUAGGUAUCUCAAGCCUAAUUCUUCAGAUUCCCUUGUUCCUCAUUUUCUUCAGAACAGACUAAAAAGUUGAGGCGACAACUGCGUGACCCAUUCACUUGUUCCUUAUCAGUUCAUCUUAGAAUCACAGAGAUUUUUGAGAUGGCCUCAAGGAUGCGCCAAGCGCGCGACAGGCAAAGAGAAUCAAUUGCUCUCAGUGGUUCGAACCCUGGCAAAUCCGUCGCUAACAUCUUCCGUCAUCGGUCCUCCACUAAGCGUGGUCACGAAUUUCCACCCUGCUAAAUGAUAAGAAAGUCUUCCUCACCGAUGACACUGACAAGGCGGAGUUGUUUAGUUCUUUCUUUGCAAAACACCCUGCUACCGAGUCCGAUCCGGUCCCUUUCUUUCGAUCACUUUCAGAUAGGACACUGAGUAAAAUUGAUGUCUCCUCAGAUCUCAUUAAGAAACACAUAAGCCGUUUGAGAUACUCACACUGCUCAGCAACGGACGGGAUUCCGAAUUCGAUUAUUAAACAAGCGUCCGACCUUCCCAUAUUGCUCAGUCAUUUAUUCUCGGUUUAUAUUUCAAAAGGAUUCUUUCCUGAAACAUGGAAAACGUCAAUUAUCAUUCCCGUCUUCAAGUCAGGAUCUCGGUCCGAUGUUAAUAACUAUCGGGGCGUACACAAAACGCCGUCUCUAGAAAAGCUUCUUGAAAGGAUUAUUUGCAAUGAAAUUCUUAACUUCUGUCUAGCUAAUCGGCUUCUGAGCUCUAGUCAGCAUGGAUUUUUACCUGAACGAUCCUGCGAAACAUGUCACUUGGCUUUUCUUAAUCUAAUCACUUCUCUUCGUGAUGAGCGGCAGUCAGUGGUAGUUAUUAACUUUGAUCUUAUCAAAGCCUUUGACAAGGUCCCCCAUAGACGUCUUUUAGUAAAAUUGGAAGCUCUCGGCAUCCGGCCGCCUCUACUCGGCUUCAUCAGUUCCUAUCUGUCCAACCGAUAUCAGAAAGUCAUGGUCGGUAAUAGCUACUCGACACCCCACUCGAUCACGAGUGGCGUAAUUCAAGGAACGGUUCUGGGUCCGCUACUCUUCCUUCUGUACAUCAUUGAUAUUUCGACUGAACUCGGAAAUUCGCAAACUUUUACUUAUGCCGAUGACCUCAAGUGUGUUUACUCAUACUCUAAGGACAGCGCAAAUGUUUAUGUUGAAAAAAUUAAAGCAGAUUUACUAAGCUUAAGCAGAUGGGGUUCGACAUGGCAGAUGGAGUUUUCAUCAUCCAAGUGUAGUUUCAUGUCUUUUGGUCCUACCAAACUUCCUGGUCCCAUAAUUUUUCAGAAUCACCCACUCUCAGAAUGCCUCACCAUAAAGGACCUAGGUCUAAAUUAUACAAAUAAGCUUGCUUUAUCACCUCAUGCAGAUAGAAUCUCUGCCAAGGCCGCGCAGAUAUGUGGAUUCAUAUUGCAUAAUUUCUUCCUUCCGGAAAUGAAGCUAAGACUUUAUCAACUGUUUGUUCUUUCAGUCCUCGAAUACUGCUGUCCUUUCCUUGGUUUAACGAAUGGCUAUGGACGUAAUAAAAUCGAAAAUGUUCAGAGUGUCUUCACCCGGAAACUGUUCUCUGAAGCCUCGUCCAGUAUUUCUUAUACUCAGAGAUGUCAGCUGGCGAACACUAGGUUUUUGUGGGUUAGAAGACUCGAAGCUGGCCUUUGCUUCCUUUUUCGCAUCAACUCUAGCUCCAGUCUUCCGCUCAUUGACACUCUCACUCCGAGAGAUCGGUCUUAUGCCACGCGCAACUCCUGCAUGGUGAUUCCGCCGCCUCUUUGCACUACAACUAAGCGCUCCCUGCUCUUUGCUUCCAAAUAUGCCUUCCUUUGGAAUAAUCUUCCGCCUGAAAUUAGAUUAUCGCCUAAGUUACUGGUAUUCAAGCCGAAACUACGCAAACAUCUUACACUGGAAAGCAUAAAGGCACUGUUAACGGUCUCAUUCCCGAACACUCAGAUUCUUGACUUCGAGAAGGGUCCUACUGGGAUUUAGUGGUAGAUCAAGUGGUAACUCUUAAUUAUAUCAUUAGAAACCCCUGUUUUGAAUUGGUUUCUAAAUCCACUGCUAUCACUCCUCCCCCAUAGCGACAAUUUUCGCGGUUUUUGAUGUCAUCUCCCGCAUUCCGACCUCAUGCGGUCUGUCGACGCUCACGGUGGAACUCUCAGUAUUCACUGUCUACUAGUAGUUCGGUCGUACCUCCCUUACCAACUGCUCGGCUGAGCUCGAAUCGUGCUGUGGCCGAUCGCAUCUGAGUUCCUCUCGUCUGGCCUCUUUGACGCGGCGUAUCAAUCCGGCCCAGACGAUCUCAAUUGUGAAUCCCGUAUACAAUGCCAUAUGCAAGCCACUCCUGUCUGAUCACAUUCGUGCCCCUCAAGGCUGAGAUUUAUUGCUACCCUGACGAUGACCGACAACAUUCUGUUAUAUACCGCCACCUACAGGCCAGUCCUGCUCGCCUUUUUUCUGUCAUUAUUUUUAUUGAGGGGUUUUUUUCUCCUGUAAAAUUAAUCCAAUCAUUUUGAUGGGACCCCGACGGGUCUUUAAUAAAAAUUAUCUAUUUAUCUAUUCUGAUGGACACUUUAAAGUCGAGGUCAAGGCACGUAAGUCAAUUUCGAAGUCGAGUGAAGCCUUGCAUCUUCUUCGAUGUUCCCAGGCAACUGAUGCGUAUUUUGACUGACUUCUUUUAAAAGUCGGGUAUAAUUUUUCCCUUUCCUAUCAAAUGGUUUGCUAAAAUAGCUGCGUUUUGCGAACCCCUGUUUACUGAUGCCGUGAAAGACCUUCUAUUUCUGGUAAAUAAGUAAAUUAGCAUUAGUACUUACUGUCCUGUGCGUUUUGCGAAAAGAAAGCAAUUUUUUGAUCUUUGUAUCGCGACGAAUAACCUGUCUAGUACCUUGUAAUGCCCCAAAGAAGACUUGCUCAAAGACCGAAAACUCGCGGCCUCCUCGCCAUCUUCGAGUGCUAGAAUCGGGGUCGGGAGACAGAACAGGUACCAGUGUGUAUUCUCAGUCGUCUCUAGAUAUUGCUUACUUAAAUAUACUAUUUGUUCAUAUAGAACCUCUUGACUCUUUAUUCGUCCAAAACAACGCCUCUGCAAGUCGUAACAGAGCAUCAUCCGACGAAAUACUAGAUCACCUGAUAAAUGGCAAUAUAAACAGUAUGUCCCACAAAGUUUUAAACAAGCGUUUAUACUUAUUGGGGGGUAAUAAACUUCGAAACUGAGAAGAGGAAAAAGCAUAACAUUAUACUGCGUAACAUUCCGAAUUACAAGUAGGUUAUUGAGAGUGCGCAUUCAUUUCUACAAAGUGGUGGCUUGGGUUUCAGUGUCGCGCAAGCUAAACUAUUGUGUUCGCUCAGCCGUAAUGCACCCAUACUAGUUACUCUCUUCUCCUCAAUAAAUAUGAACAAUAUCUUGUCGAGGAAGGAGAAAGUUGGGGAAUUAUGUCGUAAAUGGCGUUGCUCAAUUUCCCGGAUCUCACACCUAUGCAGAGAAGACUAAUCCUUUUGGAAGUGUCUAAAAUCAACAGAUAUGACGGCCCCUGUUGUUAUGACGAGUAAGGCUUAUUCAACAUCAUCUGCGGCCUCACCCCUUCAUGACAUAAUGAAUUCCGUAUGGAAAUUAACUAAUUUUGGUGCUGAGACCUCUGGACGCUACAACAGGGCAUGUAUACAAAUACCCCUUACGACUCAACCAGCAACCUAUCCUAACUCAAAGCAAGUGCCUAACUCAAGAACGAGUCCAAGUGCAAUUUCAUCCACUCGUACACUCGGUAAAUUCAGAUCUUCUAAGAACUCUUUCCCUUCAUAUUCGCCUGCUAUUCUCUCAAACUCCGCGGCCGCAGAUAUGGCGUGUUUCCUCCCGUCCCCCUUCAGACCUCAUCUGGAGGCGUUUAGGCCAAAUAUGCUGACCUUCCCGUCUUUAAAAAGAGUUUCGCCCAAAUCUUAGCAGUGCGUCCUCCACCCCCAAUACGUGCCCUCCACGGUCAUUCUAUUGAUGUUAUUCUCAUGCAAAUGUUCAUACGAGAUCGAUUAACUCACUCGAUCCUCGAUUUUAUUUCGGCGGGAAUGGGUUACAGUAUACUUUCUGUGGAUUUCCAGUAGAACAUCAGCCAACAAGCGAUAGUAAUCAGCUUCCCUAUCCGUCACUUUCUUUCCCAAAUCCAAAUCCUCUUUAUCCGCAUCAGCGUCUCUUCAUGUACCAAAUUUUUGCAGAACCGGGCAGGUGCAUCAGGGCCGUAUGUUACGUGGACAGCCAAACACUGGUCGACGUAGCACACCUCCCCCAGAAAAAAAGGUCCUUCCCCUAAAAGAUGUUGUUCUUUAUGCCAGAUCCUUGUUAAAUAAGAUGUGUAUGCUUCAGACUCCGGUGUUCGUUCAUCACCCAGAUAUUGUUUUAUUAACGGAGACGUGGGCAAGAGCUUCCGUAACUGACUCUGAACUCACUCUUCUAGGCUACAUUUACAUUUGCAAUUAUCUCAAGACAGUCGUAGUGAGGUAAGUUGCAUCUACUUUAAAUAAAUAAUUGCGUUUCUGUCGCUAGAUCUCCCGAUUUUUUCCGCGGUUGAAGGCUGGUGCUGGCUCCGAAUUGCACCGAACAGGUCGCGGAUUCGAGCCUCGAGUGUUCUACACUUCGGGGUUGGGUAUGACUGGCUGACAACGCCCAAUAAGCCAGAAAUGGCUUUUCUAGUCUAUCUUGUCUUUGUCAGUAAUAACAUGAUGCGAACUUAGGAAUUUUGUUUUUCGAAACCGAAUUGUUUGCCGCUAAGGCAAUUUGGCCUUCCUCUGGGUUUUCCACGUUUUCCGAGUCGUAUAGUAUUUUACUUGCAAACGGAGCAAAAUCACUCAUUAUGGGGAAGAAAUCCAAACAAGGAAAGGCUCGUAAAGAUAAAUUUUAUUUUCUCGCGAAAGAGACAGGUUUGAGGUUUACUUACUGUAUAGCUUUCAGGUUACCGUUCACGAGCUGCCUUCAAAUUGAUUCAACUGAACCGUCGUUUCAAUUUCCUUGGUUCAUCUAAGGUUCUUAUUGAUCUCUGUGCUGCACCUGGCGGCUGGAUGCAAGUUGCAGCGAAGGAAAUGCCAGUGAAUAGCGUCAUUAUUGGCGUGGAUCUCAUGCCGAUUAUGCCUAUUCCUAACUGCAAAUCUAUUGUAGCAGACAUUACGACUGAAAAGUGUCGUCAGGUACUUAUAAAUGCUAUUUGUUAUGUUUCGGUAGUUGUUAAGGGCCGCGCUACUUCAUAACAAAGCGGAUGUCGUUUUGCAUGAUGGUGCACCGAACGUGGGCACUGCAUGGACCAUCGAUGAAUAUAGCCAAGGUGCGUGUGUUAUUGACUUCUAUUUUUGGCAGCAUCUUUGUGUUUAAAGUCCUUCGCGCUUGCAACGGAAUUCUUACGAAACGGCGGAUGGUUUAUAACAAAAGUAUUUAGAAGCCGCGAUUACGAGCCGUUGAAAUGGGCCAUCUCACAGUUCUUCCGCAAAGUGCGGGUAUUAAAGCCGGAGGCAUCGCGCCUUGAAUCCGCCGAAAUUUUUUUGGUUUGCCAAGGCUAUCUUUUUCCUUCGCAUAUCGAUCCGAAGUUCUUGGACCCUAAACACGUCUUCGGUGAAGUCGAGGUUGCGAAAUCCCGCGAUACUGUGGUUUCCUCCCUUCUACGUCGUUCGAAUAAAAGAAAGCAAGUUGAUUUUUUAUCCACUUAUUCCCGUCAUUUGGUAGUCGUGUGGUGUUGGGUUUCUGAUCAGUCUCGACACGUUUCCGACAUUUUACCUCGGUGUUCUGCCCGUGGAAUGUUGUGAGCAUUUUACCUAUUAGGCCUGACCGAUUGAAUUGUUGCUAUUUGGAGCAAGUAACCGUAUUUACCCUUGCUUGUUUUUCGCGUCGGCAUAUUCCUCUUCGAAGGCAGAAAUAAUUGCCCAGAAAGGCGAAAUCCCCGGCGCCUGGACUGAUUUAGCCUGAAAAAGGGGUUACUUACGCCAAGUUGUUUGACCUUUUCAUCAGUUCAUUAAUACACGCGUCCAAGCGUUGUGCUUUUACCGUAUACUCCAAGCAUCUUUAUCUUGGUUCUAGAUUUUCUCGACCCUUUUUUUCGAGACUUCCUUGUGUCACUAAUGCUUUUUGUCAAUAGGAAGGCUGAAGGAUAUGAUGACGAAAAACUGUACAAAGAAACACCUUUAUCAGCGUUUAUGAAUUCUGACGAUCCUUUGAAAUGUCUCGCCUACUCAUAUAAGGUACGAAAAGCCGUUUUAAUAGACGUCUGCAACGAUUUUUUGCUAUCUCCAUCGAUAUACCUUAGGGGUUAUUUCUUCAUUAAUAGCAGAAUACACAUAGACGACCGCACCUUUUGGUUAACUUUUCUAUUCCUUUAGAGUAGACUUGGAUUCUAUGUAGUUUCGAUGCGUUAUGACGCCGAUUGUAUAUGUUAUCUGAUUUUAUAAAAGUGACGAAAGUUUGUUCUAGCCUACGAUUAGAUGUCUUUACCAGCGACUGCAGUUACAGUGGGCAUUAAUUCAGCCCAAAAUGAUUUCACUUGCUCUCCGAACAUCAUUUUACAAGUUUACUUUGUACAGCACAGUACGCAUCUGUGAUUUCCGAGUUUCCCGCAUCCAUUUUCACCUCAACAUUCUGUAGAUAUCCUGCGACAGGCCUGAGCUGUUGGAACAUCCGCUUACUCCGGCUUACAUCAAAGAUUCCUUGGAUGACAUACAAGUUCUUGGCAAGGCUGAAAUUCGGUACGUAUGAACAGCUUUUCUUGUAAUUUGUCCUUUGUAGUGCUAUACUCACUUGGAGGAAAAAAAUUCUAAAAGCUUUGGAAGCCAACAACAAGACCGAGACGGAGAAGUGAGUUUGACCGUCGGUCAUUUGAAAUUACUUCAUGGGUGUUAACUAAACUUUCACACGUUGUCCUGUGUGUUUGAACUACACGGUACUAGUCAAUUUUCGCCCAUUUAGAGAGGAGCAAACUACUGUAGAAGCGGAUAAAUCCAGCCAGGAUGAGGAGGAUAUCGACCGAGAAGUGGAGCGUCUGCUCAAAGAAGAGCAGCAUGAAAAUAAAAAGUGAGUCACUUAUUAACGAAAGGUUCUGAAAUUUGACUCUAUUCUUUGCUGAAUCGGUGUAUAAUAAAUUGAUCUAGUUUUAUUGUCGAGCUUGUGUGUAUACCAAAUUAACAAAAUCCAUUUUGUCUAUAAAAUUCGCACGAACGCCAUUAAGCUUUAUGUUCUCAACUCCCUUACCAUAUUUGACUUAAAAACGCUCAAUGGCCAAAGAAUGCUGACUCGAAUUCCGGUCCCUGCAUACCCGAAUGACUGGUUAUCCUAGUCUCCCUAUUCAUUUUCGGUAAUCCGUCCUGCAUAAUUACUGACCACUUGGCGACUGCCUGCAGUCACUCUAGAUUGAGCCGCAGGGCGCAACCGGACGAGCAUGUCCCAUAGCCUGAUUGGUGAACGUCCAUCCUACGGUAUUUUGUUUUAUUUGCCUGAAGUUUGCAAAUUGAAAAUAAAUGAUAUUUCGCGUUCGGUAAAUUAGUCGUACUUAAACCGAAUUCGAAUUAAACCCACUGCCGUAAUCUGUCACGUAGGCCGCCAUCCCUUCCAAGAACUACUUGGAAAUAAUCAAAUGUGCUGACUUAAAACCUACGCCUGUAUCUGUUUAAAUGAACGUUCUAAGCGUCUAUGCACUAACUAGGCCUUCACUUGUUGGCGGCUGCAGACCGGAGCAAUUUUGCUCUCUGGUCACAGUUUGUAGUGGUCACUAUACAAUGGACGUUUUCGUCUCUACUGUUGGCUGCCUUCUUUGGAUAGUCCACAACGUAUGUAUAGUACUGAGCAUGUUCUGUGAGAUAAAGUUUGCCCGAAAAGCCUAUAUUCACAACUUAGUAAGCUAGAAUUAAUCUUUCUAAGACUCAUUUAAAAAUCAAUCAGGAACUACAACGUCUCGAUCCUGGUUCGACUUACCGAAAGUCGUAUCUUUUGAAGUCUCAACGACUUGAGAAACUUCAGUACCACGAAGCAUUGUAAAUUGGCUAAAGUAAGCACGUGUUCUUGAAGUCUGCCUAUAACAGUCAUCACGUGACUUGAGUGAAGGUUUUUCUGCUUGCAAACUUCUAAAGCUGGUAGACUGUUGUGUGACCUGAUUCCAAAAUAUCACCCCAACCUUCGUCUGUGGAGCCUACCCACUCUUUGACAGUCCUUGUCAGCGCUCAGUUUCUCAGAAUUUUGGGCAACGUUGUCAUAUGUAAUUGCCUACUUUUCGCUUAUGCUGCUUUUAUUGUUGUAAAUGACGCCUCGAAUCCGGAUUGAUAUCGAGGUCACUGCAAGGUGCAAAUAGUCAACGACCUGAUAUUUUGUUUGUCGCAAUCAAUGAGGGCUAUCAAUGUCCAGAGGAGGCACGAUAGAUAUUUUUUCGUCUAUUUAUCGCAAAGCACACUUGCGAAGUAUCUGCUGUGUUCUAGUGACGAAACUCUGGAUGACUGGAGAUGAACGUGGGCCCAGUGGUAGGCAAAUCCGAGUAACCUGUCUACGCCUGUCACAUGAGCGAUAUAGUUUCACACAUGGGGUCUGCAUUCUGUAAUGAGUGCCAUAAAGGCCAAAUUAAAGAGGAACCUUUGCAGGCUGGUCCUCGUUAUGAGAACCGAGUUAUCCUCCCAGUUGACAAUGUUCUAGGUCACAAUUUUUACUGCGCCGUGCUUGUUUAUAGUUAGUAAUUAAUGCGCUGGACACUGGCUAGGUGGACCCCACUCUCCCUACCCUGCGUCACUAAUGAAUACUAAUCUUGCCAAUUAAUAGUACGAUUUGGCUGGCGUUGCGUGAGAGCCUGCGUCCCUUAUGUGCUCUCCGUCACUCGCCAUUGACCAAACCUAAUUAAAGAAGUAGAUCUCGUAUGAGUAAGACGUGCGUCUGUUCACACAUGAUGUUUUACUGUUAAUAUGACUGCCAUAGUUAUUGCAUGGGUGGUGUGCGAUGUCUCGUUUGUAGUAAACAUAUACAUGGAUAUGACCGAACAAGCCUAAGCUUUGAGAUAAACUGGCCGCGACAUUGUUGAACUUCUACGUCCUAACGAAACCUUAAUUGGCUUUGUAGAUUCGGGUUAAGAUUUUUAUUACCGAUUCCAAACUCUCUUCAGACAGUCUUAUCCGGAUACGCGGAGUUAUUUGCAGCUUUGACGCGCAAUUUGUGACCCACCUGACAAUCGGCGAAAACCGGUUGAACACCUGAGGUUCAUCAUGGUUUUCCUAAGUCAGAUACAGUCCGCGGCUUCGAAGAUAGUGCAAAGACUAAAUCUCAUUUCUCUUAAUUGCCGGACUGCGAAGAUCAUGUCUGCUAUGUUGCGGUGCGGUGAUUGUCACGGGCCUGUCAGUUUCCUUUCCGUUUAUAGGGGGUUGGAAACAGCCGCGCCUGUCCUUAUCCGUGCAUUUUAUGAAGCGGUGAGUCUGGUCUGCUUAGAAGUUGGAAACCACUGCGCUUGUAGACUGUGGGACUCGAGCUAGUUUCCGAAGUUCCCCACGGGCCACCUGUAGUACUGCCACCAUUUCCUGCUGACUUGUCCGUCCGAACGCUUCUGAAUAUGUCGUUUUCUCCGACAACAGGGUUCUGUCGUCUAAGCCAAGCAACGGCACGAUUUUGUCAGACUAAGCUAUGCAAGCCGUCUUGGUGGUUGCGGGGAUUAUAAUUCCACCGCAGUUUGCAUGCCCUUUGGUUUCUUUUGCUCUGCGAUUCGGACAGUCAUUUAGUAUAUUUCCUAGCCUUUGCCACACUUGGCGUCGGCGCUGGAAGAAUACAGCUUUGUCUGCAUCGGUUUGGAUUUCUCAUUUCCGUGGGGCCAGUCUAGGUGUUGUUGGCGCCCGGAUCCAAGGACUUUCAAGGUAGUGUGGAUGGCGUCUUGCGGUUCCGUUUGCUUGUUUUCAUCGUCGUCCAGGCUAAAGUUCGUUGUAGAGCUAAGACCCAGUCGACGUUCCGGCAUAUGCAAUAUUCCAGUAUUUAACUUAUUAGUUACCUACUCUUAGGUCACCUAGCUGGUCCGAGUCGCAAUCUUAUCUUCAAAACGACGAGGUAACGGUUCGUCAAGCAUUCGGGAGUGCACAUCGCCUCGGAGACCAGCAAAUGUGCUGAUUUCGCCUGCCGGUGAACACUGAGCCCAGCAGUUGCCUUUGGCGCAUGUAAGCAUGUGUCCACGCCGUCGAUUGGAGGGCGGAAGAGCGUGUUUGCGAUGAAGGGAUUGCGUGCAUGAUUGAAACAAAAGGAAUCUGUUGCUGUUAGGCCUGUACUUACGCCGACACCGAAGUAAUCGGCGAUAAUCACUUUGUUCACAUCCAGUAGGUGAACAAGAAGAGCGUCCACUUCGUAGAACUCGGCCACUUCGUCAUUGCCUGUCUUAGUUGUGCAGGCACAGGUAAUUGGUGGCAGUGUUCUUCCCGCGGGGGUGGGGGUCCGUUAUCUCAAGACAGUCGUCGAUACGCCACAGGAGAGAAGACAGCCCUCUCUUAAAGGCGACUGCGACGUUUCUCCGCUUUUCCUUUGAACGCCCGUCCCAGAGGAAAGUUUGUCCUGCACAUUCUCUAUUCAUGUUUAAGAAGCAGAUAUUGUUAAGAGCCUCCGUAUCCACCCUGUGUAGGUCCAGUUUGUAAGUGACCAAAGUUGCUUUGCUUUUUGGUCGGUUUGUGUUAAUUAAGGCGAAUACCUGGUUUGACAUCCGAUAAUUCCCUUAUCAGAAAGCACUUGUGAGGAGAAAUCUGAUGCUGAAUUACAGUCCAAUGAGGUUGUAAAGACAAUGGGGAUUGGAAUGGUUUAUUUUGCCACCGUCAAUUAAGAACGCUCCAAGCCCUAGAACGGAAACGUGAAUAGUGAAGAUCCCAGUUCAUUCUAGCAGUUCUGUGUCGGGAAUCCCGUCCUGUCCCCCGGCCUUAGUAUUUUGCGGACGCAGCUGAAGUAAUGGUGGUCGAGUUUUGUGGCUUGACUUUUGUGCCUCAUCCCAUACGGGAGUUUUUUGGGAUGAAGACUCGAAAUAUCGUGUUCAAGCGAAGACCGCGAGUAUUCUAAGCAGACUACUCCAGCCAACCGAUGACCUGACUGGUUUUAGAGACCUGAUGAGCAAUUUUAUCAACGGUCGUUGCAUUUUUUGAAUUGGUACUGCCCACCUGAGCAAAGCUGCCCACAGACGCCGGCCGGGUUCCGUAUAUGCUGAUUUUGGGUGCUGGCUGACACAUGUAUACCGUCUCCUCUGUGUUGAUGGCCAGUGCAGUUGGUGCGACGUGAGGCAAGGAGGUCCAUGUUGGUUUUCUCCGUGGCUUUGGGCUCACAAUCAUCCACAAACAGCAGAUCGUGAAAGCGUGUCAUGGAAACUCGCGCGAAUGUCCGCACGCGUCGGAUGUUUGGCAGCUGCCAGUCAUUUCGGUAGGCGAUGCUUAUUCCUGGCAACUCCUCACUUUAAUCUUCCAUUACCAUAUCGGAGAACAUGAUGCUGAAGAGAGUGGUGACGAGUACACAACCCUGCCUCACUCCAUUUGUCACUGCGAAUGCUUCCGGGACUGCCUCGUUCAUGACGCGAGCCAUCAAUGCGACGCGAGGCUGUCGCACCCUCUGAGUGAAAUGCUUCGAACAUUCGAUUUUCAGCUCAAUUUUCCAUCAUAUCGCGAUUCACAGUGGCGCAAGCCUUUGCCUGCUUCCCAUAUCAUGGCACUUCUCUCAUAGUCGACGAGCAGCAAAAAUCACGUCGGUCGUCCCGUGAUUACCUCGAGAUUCACUGGUUCUCAGGAAGUCUGCUCCUGGUUUAGGUCUAGGUGAUUGAGUAGGAUGUAGAAGAAGAUUCCGUGUGUGAUUUUGAGAGGGGAUAUGUUCCAGUUGUUGUCACAGAGUUGUCAUGUCCCUUGCUUUUACGUAGUUGGACGUUAAUAUGCCUCUUGAAGUCCUGAGAAGAUUGGCUUUGUUUCCGUAUCUGUAACGAUGAAGUAAGCUUCGCCAUUAGCUAAGGGUUGCAUACUUGUAAAGUUGGUAUUGGAGUGAGUCCGUGUGCGGUGCUUUGUCGCUGGUUUCUGUGUAGGAUGUCUGUCGAGGGCCUCAUCGGAUAUUGUAGAUGACCAAUAGGGAACGCUUCCGAAGUGCUCGGCUCAGCGCUCCAGAGUUUACAAUUUCCGUCGGAAGGGUUGUUCCCUCGGAAUUGAGCAGUGUACAGUCCUUCUGGUUUGACGGCCGUAGACCUCCUAAAUGGAUGCAAGAUACUUUUAUAUUCCAUUGCGCGCUGCAGGCUCCCAAAUCUCCUUAGUCUUACGAUUCACCCAAGCGUCUUGCCUCUCUCUCUCUCUCUCUCUCUCUCUCUCUCUCUCUCUCUCUCUCUCAGUAGCUUCUUUGUCGUAAGGAAGCCGUUUUGUAGGCAUCGGUCCCGUAGUUGACGUAAUUCUUGCGCAGCCUUCUUUUCUGGGAGAGCAGUCUUCAAAUUUCCUUGUCAUUGUCAUCAAACCAGUCCUUGUACUGACGGCGUGCGCAACCGAGGACGUCAACAGCAAUCUAAUAGGUGACACUGCGUUGUGGUCCUCACUAGGUCUCAGCAGUCGCAUUCGCAUUUAGAGUUUUAUUCGCUCCAGAUAAAAAUUUGCGCAACUGCUAAAAUGCAACCGGCGUUCAGCCGUACCAAGUAACGCGGUAGCUAACUCACCUGCUGGUCGCUUGCCAUGUGGUCGCCUGCGGGGUUGCAGUUCUAGCCCAACCUUGAAGAUGACAUUGUCACUAAAUAUCACGCUGAUCAUGCUCCUAAAGGAGGGGACUGGAGGCCUUAUCACUGUCAUCAAACAGUGUGCGUGUGAAUGACAUUCCGCAGUUGACUUCACUGUCUCAAUGGUUGCCUUCGUUUUCGGAGCUUGUGUUUCUUCGAGAUAUAGAUCCAGGCCAUUGCUCAAACCCAAUCGGUUGUUGUGCUUUUCAGCACACGGUUCCCAGUUUCUCGUAAUUUCCCAUCCGUUUUAUUGGUAUACCAGACUGAAAGCUCCUUCGCAAUUGCGUUUUGUGUCAACGUUCCAGAUAUCACUUGUUUCUAUAAACUUAAGUCAGGGCACAUAAACGAUGAUUUGAACGCAGUCCUCUAAGUGUUACUUGUAUAGAGUCUUUAGUGGAUUUGAACCGACAUCAUUAAGUUGACCGGCCUGUAGCAUCAAUUGAAUAUUUUGUCUUAAAUUUGUCUGUUCCCGAUCGCAUUCACCUUGGCAACUAACCCAAGCAUCUGUAAAACUCUGAACUUGACUGUGUGUCUUUACGCCUGUUAAAAUAGGCGUCUCAAGAUUAUUCGAAAGGCCAAACGGAAACUGGCAGAGCGUAUUGUCCGCAAAAUGGAACACCCUGGGGACCAGAUUGAACAGAACGAUGCACACGAGCUAUUUUCUCUUUCUGCUGUGGGCGACUUGGAUGAGUUGGAGAGACUGGAGAAGAAGAUGAUUCAGGAAACUGGGCACAGCGCUGCAGACUUGAUGGUCCUCAAGGAGGAGCAAGCAGUCCGCAAGGCAGCAAAGGAGAAGAUCGAGGGUGAUUUUAGACGGGCAGUGGAAGGCGGCGAGUACCUUCAGUUUGAUCGUCACGCCGAACAUGAUGUUGAUCUGGGCGCCCUAGAGUCAACUAAACGUAAGAUUCUUCCUGAAUGCCAUAUUCCCUUUCAAAAACCUUUGCUUUCAAAAGACGUACGUUUCCCCGUGUGGAUUUUGGUUCUUUCUGAACGAGGUGACGCUACUUGCCAGGAACACCUGAUUACGCGCCAAUAUUGCCCUUUAUCAAAUUUUUCGUAACCGACUCUGGCAUGAACGUGGCCAUUUAUCAGUGAGGUUAGCGUUCUGUAACAGGGCGGACCGAGGAUAUACAGUGCGUGACCUAUCUCAUGAAAUGUUGGCUGAAAUUCUGAAAUGCGUUUUCGAUUAGGAAGGAUUACUUGGUCGCGGUUGUAAUACUGAUUAUCUUAAGGCAUACUCUUAUAACAUUUCGGACUCGGCAGGAUGUCGGCUUUAAAAUGCACUUCUUUUCAAUCUCCUGUAGAAAGCGUGCUCGGUAAAAAUGACUACUUAAGUAGCAUGCAUUUUUCCCAUUGAUUUUCGAUGGUCUUGGAAACUCAACUAUAUUUUAUAAAAACCACAAAUAAAAAUAUGCUUUCUUUUAGUUAAUCAAUAAAUAAUCGCGUCUUCUUUAUAUGUUAUACUGAAGGAAGGAGUAUAAUUAGGUGUUAAAAAAGUUUCUAAUUAUGAGACUUUUUAAGACCGCGAUAUGUCCAUUCACAUAGCAUCGUAGCUGGCCGUUUACCACUGCUCCUCAUGAAAUGUACAACAUGGUCCGCAUCCAUUGCAAAAUUUUAUGGACCCCUGUAUGAUAUCUCUUUAAUGACAUAGAAAAAUAUGGGAUUUUCUUUACGCGGAACGCAUGCACCUUGUAGAGUGUAAUCACUAAGCGCUAAUGCAACGGACGAUCAGUCUCUAAAUUUUUCGGCAAUUAGAAAAAUUUUUUAAAACCUAAUUAUACUCCUUCCUUAAGUAUAAAAUAUAAAGAGGACGUGAUUAUCUAUUGAUUGAUUAAAAGAAAGCAUAUUUUUGUUUGUGAUUUCUAUAAAAUAUAUUUGAAUUUCCAAGACCAUCGAAAAUCAAUGGGAAAAAUGCAUGCUACUUAAGUAGUCAUUUUUUACCGAGCACGCUUUCUACAGGAGAUUGAAAAGAAGUGCAUUUAAAAGCCGACAUCCUGCCGAGUCCGAAAUGUUAUAAGAGUAUGCCGCAAGAUAGUCAGUAUUACAACCGCGACCAAGUAAUCCUUCCUAAUCGAAAACGCAUUUCAGAAUUUCAGCCAACAUUUCAUGAGAUAGGUCACGCCUUGUAUACUACGGAUCAGGUCCCGUUCGGUCUUGGGGGGAAGUUCGUUGUUCAUAAGUCCUCAGUGACUAGUGAGGCUGUCUGAAAACUGGUUAUGUCAUUACACCGCUUUCUUUCUUACCAAUUUCAUAGAUGACCGACUUACCAACUCCUUGACCGGUCAGCACAUGUUAACUGUUUGAUUAAUGACUGCCCAUUUGUGAAGUACUCAUGCACUGAGCUCACAGCAGCUAUAGGUGAGGGAAGAAAGUAGGACCAUUACUGUCAAGUUGGAGGGCGUGUGCAACCUGCAAAUGGGGAAAGCCGCGUCUUCAAUAUUUUCAGUGGCAGAACCAGUCGGCUGUAUUCGAGAACACAGGAAUUACAAACGAGGGAACUGACCUCUUUGUUAGCGGGUAUCCUCGGGCAAGCCUCUCACUAGUGGUUUUUUUCUAUAUCACCGAGGUAUUGUAUGUUUUAAUAAUUUAUUGUUUGCACAAUGCUUUCUUGAUGAACAUUUGUCUCCCCUGUUUGUAAUCACGCAGCAAUAUAGACGCUGACUCUGUUCUCUUCGUUUUACUUUAACAGCCGAAAAUAUUCACGACCGGGAUGAUAUUUACCUGAGCUCUAGUGACGACGACGUGGACAUUGAGGAUGACGUGGAGGACAAAAGGUCUCUCCCAGACGCCGGGGAACAACUUGUGUUCGGUAGCGACGACGAAGGCGACCUUGACGAAGAAGAUGCUGAAGCGUUCGAAUCCGAUGAAGAUGACGAUGUCGACAGUAUUAAUACCGAGAAAAAAACACUCCUCGUUGAUCUCGACCCGGCAGAUGAGGAGACGAAACAAAAACGCAAAAUCAGCGCAUGGUGCAAUUCUUCAGAAAUCAAGGUUUGUGUUCAUAUUUAUCACAGCUUUGCUCGUAUUCUGACCUCAUACUCCGUGCUCUGGAAAUCAUGA